CACACACACACACACAUACACAUACAUACAUAUAUACAUACACACACAUAUAUACAUACAUACAUACACACACGCGUGUGGCCUAUGGGCUACUUCUUCAGCAAUGGCUCCCCAGUUCCGCAGUUACGUUUGGGAUCCUGCUCUUAUCCUUUCCCAGAUUAUGCUCAUGCAAGCAAUUUAUUACAGUAGUCUGGGCCUUUGGUUGGCUCUGGUAGACAGUCUAGUAAAGAGCAACCCUUCGCUGGACCAGGUUUUCAGUUACGAGGUUUUGGGAUUUGCCACCUCUCCUGGGAGACUUUCCACAAUGGCAUUUAUCCUGAAUGCACUCACCUGCGCCAUUGGUUUGCUGUAUUUCAUUCGGCGAGGAAAGCAAUGCUUGGAUUUCACAGUCACGGUUCAUUUUUUUCACCUGUUGGGCUGCUGGAUUUACAAUGGAUCCUUUCCAACAGCUUUGACCUGGUGGCUUGUACAUACUGUGUGCACGGCACUCAUGGCUGUGAUUGGGGAAUACCUCUGUAUGCGGACAGAACUGAAAGAAAUCCCAUUAAAUUCAGCCCCCAAAUCCAGUGUAUAGACCAUCAGACGUCCUGUGUUUCUCCGUCAGCAUCAGCAUCUUGGUGCUAGUUUGUGAUACGUGGAAAUGCAGCUGAAGAAAUCCAGAGGGCCUUAAACGUAGUAGCUGGGAGGCUGACAUCUGCAAUACUUUGAUAGGCCAAGAUGAAUAUAGUUUUUACAUAACUCAUUUUUAUUACCAUGCAGGCAUGCUCAGUUUGCCAAAGUGAUAUAGAUCAGACUCAGUGUUGGAUAAUAAAGCAUAAAAAACAUGGUAAAUGAACUGAUUUUGAGAAUUUGAGAAGCAAGCAGUGAGUUGUGGUGAUCACAGCUUCCCUUCUAUAUAGUGUGAACAUCAGCUGACUAAUGAGCUACAACAGUUGCACAAUUGACACUUUGUUACCUUUUAUCCCCUAUAUGUCUGAUGUUUUACUUCCACUUUUUGAAUUAAAAGAUCAAGGAGAUCAAACAAUGCAGAAAGGCACAGUACUAUUGUUCACUUGACUGCUCAGAUUCCAGAAAGCUUAUUAACAACAAAGAGUAAUAUGACUGUAUUUAUUGGAUUGAAGAAAUAAUUAUUUUAUUUAAUAAAGACCUCAACUUUCCAUUGAAGCUCUGCAGUAUAUUGAUCAGGCUGGGUUAUAUUAUUAAUAUGAUAGUAGAAAUGAGAGAGUCAUCAGUCUGGAAUACAAUUCAGGAAACCAUGACCUAGAAACUUGUAAACUACUGGCUUCAAAAAGGUGAACAAGGACUAACCACUCUUGUUCACAGUGCAUGGCAUAGAGGGGUAACUGCCCCUGGUCACAAGCAAAUGCUGAUUUGUAGGCUGGAGAUGCUUCAAAUAAGCCUUCUUGUUUAUUACAGUGAAUGUUUUAUCUUGAAGAUUCAAGGAUAUUUGCAGGGUGGGGCAGAAAAAACAGGAUGGUUAACUCUUUCUGUAACUGUACUACUGUCAACAUAAACUUGUUUUGCAUA